CAACACAAUUGGCAACAAUAGAAACCAGCUCCACAGUAGUUGGGUUCACUUGUUGCAUAUCUUUCAAACAUUCAAAACCAAUCACCAUGGAUGAAAUUCAAGGUCACAAACCUCUCAAACCUAUUCAAACCAGCAGAAAUGGAAAACGUUCGAUCAUCAACAACGACGACGGACAACCGUUGAGUCCCUUGGCUCAUGUGUUUCAUGAACCUGGUUCCAAUCUCUAUGUCAUAGGUAUCUUUGGCUCCAAAACCAAAAUCAACCCAGAGGAAGCAAAACCCAAAUUAAUUAAUGGUUUGCUCCAGCACCCUCGCUUCUCCAGUUUACAGGUAUUUGACAAAGAAAGUGGAAAGCUGAAAUGGAAAGCAACAGAAUUGAAUGUGGAUGAUCAUGUUGUAGUCCCAAAGCUGGACCAAAACAUGGACUCACCAGACAAGUUUGUGGAGGACUACAUAUGCAACUUAACAAAAAGUGACGUAGACAAAACAAAGCCUCUAUGGGACCUCCACAUCCUUGACAUCAAAACCUCCGACUCCGAAGGCGUGAUCGUGUACCGUGUCCACCACUCCAUUGGCGAUGGCACGUCUCUCAUGGCUCUCUUGCUUGCCUGUUCUCGGAAAGUUUCCGAUCCUGAGGCCUUACCGAGCAUCCCAGUAAUGAAGAAUUCAUCAUUGAUUAAAAAUUCUGGGUUUUGGUCGGUUUUGCAGCUAGUUUGGAACACAAUCAUUGGAGUUUUGUUGUAUGUGGCGACUUCGUUGUUUUUGAAGGACACAGAAACACCCAUAAAAGCUUCAAAGCGUGUUGAGAAGAAUGGUCGGCGUAUCAUUGUACGCAAUGUCAACUUAGAUGAUGUAAAGUUGAUCAAGAAUGCCAUGAACGUUACCAUUAAUGAUGUCGUGCUUGGGGUCUCAGAAGCUGGGUUAACUAAAUACCUAAACAGGAGAUAUGGUGAACUUAUCGACAAGGAACCGAGUGAGGAGAAAAAUUAUCUUCCGAAAAAUAUCCGCCUUAGAGCAAUAUUUUACGUCAACUUACGACCAUUUGGGGGCAUCAAAGUGCGUGCUCCUCUAACUUUCCAAUUUCUGGCUUCAAUCAAUUAUACUGUACAAGUUGCAGGAUAUCUUAACUACAAAGUUUUCUCAAAUACGACACUAUGGUUCUCCAAUGUACCUGGAACUGGAGAUGAAAUUGCAUUUUGUGGCCAUGAAAUUUCCUAUUAUGCUCCAACUUGUUAUGGCCAACCCAACGCGUUGAUGAUUCAUGCCGUAAGUUAUGUCAACAAAUUGAUCUUCAUAAUAUCAGCAGAAGAAGAAACCAUUCCUGAUCCUCACCAAAUAUGUGAUGAUCUUGAAGAGUCCCUCAACCUCAUCAAAGCAGCUGUCCUCGCAAAACAGCACGUCAAGGAUGACUAGAAAGAGUUUCAGAAAGACUGGACCAAUUUAAACUUUUAUUUAAUAAAUUUGGAACCUGGAUGCGUGUUGCUAUUUAUAAUAAGAACCCUAGUUAUUUGAUGUCCUAAAUAAAUUAUUUCAUCAAUACUCGUGAACAACAUUUCAUUCCGGUUCGAGACUGGAGAAAUGGACUCUGGAGAAAUGGACUCUCCAUACCUAAUAGAUAAUAUUUUGUGUUAAAAUAUUGUGUUCGAUUAUUUAAUAUAUUUCAAAAAUUUGAAUAAUUAA